AUGUCUGCUCAAGAAAAUCAACAGAAUUCCUCUGUAUCUGGUGGGGCACAAGGGAACCAGGAGGGGUCUCAGGCCCUGGUAAUGCCAUGUAACCCACAGGCAUUCGCCCAGUUUUUCACCGCUUUUGAGGCGUUUUAUAGGCAAUGCAAGCCUGCAGGCCAGGUGCCGGUAGCGCCGGCGGCGCUCACGCAGGAGUGCAUCCCAGAUACACCCCCUAGCGAUUUGGACCGCCCUGGCACCUCUGCGGCCAGCGCAGCAGCGCUGAGGGCAAGCAAAGACUCAACAGACCAGCCCAAUACGCGAAAGCAGUCCUCCAGCUCAGGCAAGUCAAAAGGGGGUCAGAAGGGUGCCAAAAAGGGCAAGGCAAGUAAUCAGGGCUCUAUUGCUACUACUAACCCACAGAAGGACCCAGGUCUUCCUAGUGCUUUUCAGAACCCACCAUUGCAAGUGGCACCAGCUGAGGGUGCCUCAGGUUCCUCUUCGGAUGAGGAAGCGCAGGACCAGCAAGACGCACAGGCACCCAUCGUUCCGGCACAACCUACGCUGGAUGGCCAAUCAGGGAAGAGGAAAGAAAAGAGGAAGCAUACAUCGAAGAAGAGCAAGAAGAGUAAGCGGUCUGAAUCAGAGGAUGAAUCAGGUACUUCUUCAUCUGACUCAGAUAGCGAUACUCCUAUGGAGGAGUACUGGGGCCACGGGGAGGAUAGUUCUGGUCUCCCUUUGUGGGUGCAUGAAAGGAGGGCUAAUUCAUACUGCAAGUCCUUUAAUGGAUCCCUGGAAUGGAAGGACAGUGCACUAGUUCCGGAUGUAAAAACAUCCACAAACCCGUCUACCAAUUUUAUUCUUGGGAAUCAUUUAUCUCAAAGGAGAAAUAAGAUUCUUAACGGUGACUUUAUUGACAUAUUCACGUUGUUACCGCCAGCUAAGUUGACGGGUAAAGGGGUAAAAGAAGCAUAG